AUGGGAGUUACAGGUACUCCCACGUCGUUCAGCCGCCCCAAAUGGACAGCCACGCAAGAAACCCACAUGCAGCAGCUCGCGACGUCCUCUUUGAACGAAUUCAUCGACGGAUGCAACCUCACAAGCGGGGGAUGGACCUUGAAUGGAUGCUCCCACCAAGUUCCACUGCUUGUUCGCAACGAAGCACCGCAUGCAUUGGCCAGCUCGGUGCAGUUGGCGGGAACUAUCGACGAAAUCGUGCACAUUUUCAAGCGUUUCCAACCGUUUCAGCCAUUCGACGCGAAGGAAUCUGCGUGCGUCGGGUACUUGGGCUCCAAGUCCAACCAUCAGCACAUUGCGAUUCAGUGGAUGCGAUUGGACACCCCGCCACUCACGCGAGACCGCGAUGCUUGCAUCUUGGACACUCGGAAUGUGUUUUCUCGCGAUGGAAAACGAGGCUACGCAUGCCACUUUCAGUCUGUGGACAUCCCGGAAUGCCCCAACCUCGAGGUGUCCCAUCGCUACGUGCGCGCGUCCAUCCAGCACUCGGGCUACGUCUUCACGGAAAUCCAUCCUGGACUUGUGAAUGUGGUGCUGUCGCUGCAUGUGGACUUUUGCGGACGGUUUCCCGUCUGCCUCGCCCACCCCUACCUGAAGAAGCAAGUGGCCACAAUCAAGUCGUUGGAAAUGUACAUUCGCCAAGUUCGGAUCCAAGAUGCAGCGUUGUUGUAUCCGGUCCAGCCGCACAAGCAAUGUCCUUGCUGUCGCAAGGUGUUUGGCGUGUUUGAACGCUCCAAGAGGUGCGCGGGGUGCGACGAAGUGGUGUGCGUCGACUGCUCGUCGGUUGGCCUUGUCCACGGAAGAAAGGUGGUGCCGCUGUGCAUCCCUUGCGUCCUCAUCUCGGUAUCCAAGCCCUCGACGUCGUCACUUGGAGUCCUUCGAGCUCAAAUUGAACGGCAUAUCUCGUCGGUCGACUACCCCGACGACGAACCCGAAGGCAAGUGUGUGGACCUGACUCAUGUGCAGUCGUUCGGCCCGGCGACCAGGUCCAACAUGAGAAUCAUGCGCUCAUUGGAAGAAACGCAAGCCACGUCGGAGGACAUUGAAUUCGACACCCCCCAGCUGGCCCCUCCGAUUCCCGUUGCUCGAGGUCGGUCCGAGAACAGCAGCGGGUUGUGGGAAGAUGCGAUAUGGAUGUUCCACACCAACUUGGAGCGCUUCAAGCAUCACAAGCUAUCUCGAACGAUAUAA